AGCAUGUAAACCGUAAUGUAUCUUGUACAGAUUCAUAUCAUCCACCCAUAUGUCAAUCGCGUCGAUAUUGCCCAACUCCCUCUCCUGCCGCCUUUCAUCCGCCAACCACGCUUGAUGCAAGGUCCUAGCCAAAGGCACUCUUCUGUUGACGCUUUUGUAGCGUGCCGCGUUUGGAGUGGUCUGGAGUUCCACCACCAGCUGUUUGACGCGAGCCGUUCCGCCAUUUAGGGAUAUGAGUACACGGACAUUAAAGGCUACUCUCUUCCGACCCAAUAAUGCACUAUGGCAAGAACCACCACAUGCAGUGGCAUUGCAAGAGAUGGUAAAGAGGAUUAGGUGGUAAUUGAGAUACUCACUAUAAGUCAUCGUACUACUAUAACAGAACCUCACAAUAAUCGUCAAACGAUCAAUCACGACCUCCGCAUCGUCUUCCCUUAUCUCUUCUUCCCCUCUCCCAGGCAAAUUUAUUUGUUUCAUCCCCACCAUCGGCAUCCUCAACCACGAAGCACACACGCUCUCACAAGACAAGACCUGGGCGUCGAUCACGGGGCCCAUGCGCGCCAGCACGCGACGCCCCACGACCUCGACAUCUUCCUUCAUCGCGCGACUUGUCAACAGCAACGGCAAAUACGGACAGACGUAUGGCUGCUGCCGGUUGAUGGAAAGGACGGGAUCGUCGUAGCUGCAGGCUCCGUCGGCUGCCAUCAUGGCUUCUUGGUUGCCUUCGUCGAAAUCCAACCAUUGCCCAGUGUUCUUGGUAUUGUGAAACAUGGGAGGCGUAGUAGGACUGAUUGGGGUGGUGAGGACGUGAGCGAGGAUCUGGUGGCGUAGUUCGGUGGGAAGGGAUGAGAAGGGGAAGGGUGCGGUGUUCGAGUGCGAUUGUGAAGUCGCAGUGUAAUGCGCGGGGUGGGGGGUCUUUGAGUUGUUCGUCGUGGGUGUGCCAGAGGUGGUGGAUCGUGAUGAGACCUGGGUGUCUUGCUGUGUGUGUUGUUGCUUUAGCGGAAGGUGGCCAGAGACUUUGCGGAUGGUUUGUAGCCAUCUCGCGGGUAUCGCCUUCUUGACCAGGUCUCGCGGGUAACUCAUUAUGGCUGGACCUUGUUGAUUUGUGGCUGACUUGUAGGUGUACGUUGUACUAGGCUU